AUGGGCGCGCUUGUUGACCUGAAUCAAGCGCCUCCUCUUACCAUCAAGGAAGAGGAGGGAUCAAGAGCUACGCCUGCUGCGGCCCAUCGUCGGUCAACGGUGUCCACACGACCAGCGCGCAAGUUGCCUGCGUACGUAUCAUGUCGUGACCUUGGCCACUUUAUCGAUGGGGUAGACGCGUCUGUGCUACAGGAAGACGAGGCUCCCUCGAAGAGACGUAGCAAAAAGCAUGCGCUACAAGCCUUGAGCGGCGGCGCAGGUGACUCACCGCCUGAGUCGUCCCUACCACCGCCACCAAAUCCCCUUCGUCAUGCCACACGCAAAGUGUCGCGCAUGACCUGCACGCCACCACUGGUUUUUGAUACAUCGACGUCUUCUAGACCAAUGCAUGGACCGCCACCCAUUCCCACAGGCGCAACUACGCCGAGGUCCAUGGCACCACGUACACAGCCGCGCCUCUUUGGGCUUGAAGAGGCGCCAACAUUCUAUCCCACCUGGGACGAGUUCAAUGAUCCACUUAAGUAUAUCGAAUGGACUGCCAGACCUGAUGGCGGCAAUGGCGUGGCGUAUGGUAUAGCCAAGAUCGUGCCUCCUGAGGGGUGGCAUAUGGAUUUCAGUGUGGACCAGUCCACAUUCCGAUUUCGGACGCGUGUUCAGCGCCUCAACGAACUGAGUGCUGAAAGGCGCGUUGCGCAAAAUUACAUUGAACAGCUGGAGCAGUUUCACGCACAACAGGGUCAUGGCCGUGUGUAUAUACCGCAGCUUUGUCACCGACCCGUGGACUUGUAUGCUCUUAAACACGCUGUAAACGUGCAUGGAACAAAUGCGUGGGAACGUGUGGCCCACCUAUUGGGAUAUGAUGAGGGUGAUGUACCUAAAUGUGCCAGUGUUCUCGAGUCUGCUUACACGCGCCUUGUUGAGCCUUUCGAGGCCUUUCUUUCACGCACUCGUGCUGGCGACACACCUGCGGUCUCACAUGUGCCUUUUAAAGCGGCAGAUACAUGCUCGGUGUGCCAAGAUGAGUCAUCCUCGCCGCUCAUCACCUGCGUCGAAUGUGAGCGCGCAUACCAUUUAGCAUGUGUGACGCCGACACUAUCACAAGUGCCUCGGGGAGUAUGGGUCUGUCCGACAUGUCUCGUGCACACAGGUGGUGAUUUUGGCUUUGAAGAUGGCGAGACCCACUCAUUGUACAGUUUUUGGCAGCGAUGCCAUGCCUUUGAACAAAUAUGGGCGGAGCGUGCCGGGUGGGAUGACUGGCAUUCUCUCACUCUGUCAGAGCGCGAAGAUCGUGUCGAGGCCGAAUUUUGGCGACUCGUGCAUUGCAUGGACGAGCAUGUAGAUGUCGAGUACGGAGCUGACGUACACUCGACGACGCAUGGACAUGCAUCACCUACCAUGGAGUCGGAUCCUCUCAAUGUGUACGCACGCAGCGGCUGGAACCUAAGCAACAUGCCCAUCUUGGCUGAUUCGUUGCUACGAUACAUACGCUCUGAAAUCAGUGGCAUGACUGCGCCGUGGAUCUAUAUCGGCAUGAUGUUUUCAGCAUUUUGUUGGCACAAUGAGGAUCAUUACACGUACUCAAUCAACUACCAGCAUUGGGGUGCCACCAAGACGUGGUACGGUGUGCCCGGUGCCGACGCCGAGGCCUUUGAAGCUGCGAUGGAACGCAUUGCUCCAGAACUUUUUGCGGCAUGCCCCGACCUUCUACUUCAGCUCGUGACAAUGAUGAGCCCUGCCCUCGCUCGGCGUGAGGGCGUGCGCAUGUAUGCGUGCAAUCAGCGCCCAAAUGAGUUUGUCGUUACAUACCCCAAGGCCUACCACUCAGGUCUGAACCAGGGCUUUAAUUUGAAUGAGGCUGUCAAUUUUGCUUUGCCCGACUGGGUCAUGGACGGCCUCGCAUGUGUACGCCGCUACCAAAAGCACGCGCGUCAGCCCGUGUUUUCACACGACGAACUGCUGGUCUCGAUUGCACUUCAUAACCAGCAAUUACACACAGCCGCAUGGCUGCAUCCUGCAUUUGAAGACAUGGUCCAGCGAGAGAUACACGGCCGAGACCGUGUCCGGUCAUUGAUUCGUGCGGCCGUAUCAGGUGUGGAAGACGAACCAUUUGACGACGACACUGAAAUUGCCUGCGCUCACUGCAAGACAUUAUGUUAUCUGAGUCAUGUCGUAUCGACAGCUGCUAACUCCACAGCCGCAGCUUGUCUGUCGCACGCCGAACAAGUUCAUGGCACUCAGGCCGCAGGCUGGACGCUACGUGUGCGGCACCCAGAUACCUUCCUUACAUCACAUGCAUCGAGGCUUGCAGAACGGGCGGCUGCACCUGUCGCAUGGCAGCAACGUGUGCGUCGCUUUCUCGUCCAGCAUCCACGUCCCCCACUCCGCAUGUUGCGUGGCUUGGUUCAAGAAGGGCAAAAAAUUGCCAUGGCACCGCCAGAGCUUGAUCAGCUCGAGCGCUUUAUAAAGCGCGCCGAGCCGUGGAUCGAACAUGCACGCAUCUUUUUGUCUAAGCGGCAAGCUAAGCCUGGUCGGCGGACCAAGGAUUCGCGUCGGCGUACCUCACCGUCACCGCCGCCUAUGGCAGCAGAUGUGGACCGCUCACCCGAGGCACUUCUUGCGCUGCAACAACGUGCGGCAUCCUUGCCAUUUGAAGCGCCUGAGCUCCAGCAGCUUGAUGCUGUUGUGGACCAAAUGCACGCCUUUUCUGUACAGGCAGCCGCGUAUCUGGACCGAGAUCCCGAAGCUCGCGAAAGUAUGUCAUAUGUGGACGAGGCGGAGCGCAUCCUCGCGCAGGGCGAGCUUUUGCAUGUCCACAUACCUCAGGUACACGCCCUGCAGCAAUGGAUUGCCCAUGUGCGAUGGUUUGCUGAAGUGCAUGGUAUCGGCGAAGGUUUCCUUACGCGUGAUGAGGUACAUGAACUUGAGCAGGAAGCUGAUGCGUGCGGCAUUGUCAGUACCCAUCCAAUGCGCGAGGCACUUUCCCAGCGUUUGCGCCUUGGUGCCGCGUGGGACGAAAAGGCCAUGCAACUAUUGCAUCAUGCUCCAUCUAUCACGCUCGAUUCUCUGCGGGCGCUGCUUGAUGCACCUCCUGAUGCAGCUACUUCCUCCGAAAUUCGCAAGCGCGUGAGUGCACUGGAGCACAAAGCUGCGCAAUGGCACGAAGCAGUUGCUACCUUGCAUCAGCGCACACAUCCUGCGGACCGACACACAACUGUUGAUGCCACGGAUACAGUACCUUAUCUCGCGGAGGCGCGUCAGUUGCUCGACGAAAUACGCGCUGCACGCGUCCAUGUCCUGAAUGCCGAUGUAAUAGAGGCUGCUAUCAUUGUACACGACCAGUGGAAUGACGAACUUGCUCGCAUAUUGCAGUUAACAGGAUCUGAUACCGUCGAUGAGGCUCGUGUGUUGUGUGAACGGACGAUUCGUACGGCGCAAGCAGACGCGAUAAACAUGCGUGUCGGGGAUGAGCCGACCUAUGAGCCGAUCUAUUCCUACCCUCCUGUGCCUUACCCGCCGCCGCGGUCCGCGGUGCCGCCAUGCUUGUGCUUUGAGGCACGAACUGAUCGCGCGGCAAGUGUCACCUGUGCCAAGUGUUUCACUGUGUAUCAUGUUCGGUGUCUAGACCGCAAAGCCAAGCCGCCUCUUGGAUGGCAAUGUGCCUUCUGCGAUACAUCUCAGCUCAAGUCUUGGCUUUCUCAUCGCCGUGCUUUUUCGCAGCUUCCACUGGUCGCUUUGCUCCAGAACCCGAAGUAUCAGCGCGAUCAGCUCAGGUUCGUACCGUCAAACCACGCACGACUUCAAGCUGCCAUGCGCGCCACCGUCGAGUUUGGUGUAGCUGUCAGCAUGCAGUUCCGUGGAGGUCAUCUACCUGAGUCGCUCCUGGCCCGACCGACGCCGUACUAUCCAUCCAACACGCCGCCAACGCCGCAGUUGCGACACAUGGCACGUCGUGCUUUUGCUUGCCCCUUCAAUAUACUGUUGAUCGGUGACACUGUACCUCAACAGAACCAGCACGUGCCCACUGUACUCGACGUAUUCCUCCCAGCAUUCCACCUCUCUUCCAAGAAUUCCAAGGCAAAGCGUGUGAAUCCACAGCAAGAUUCAACUGACGGCAAAUCAGGACCACAAGCACCUAGAAAACGGGCUAAGCGUGCUCGUUUUAUGUUCCGAGAAGAAAGCGUACUCGCCUCAUUACCACCAGAUACAUACUGCUUAUGUGCUGCACCUGAUAAUGGUACAAUGGUGCAGUGUGACCGAUGUUCACACUGGUUCCACAGUGCUUGCAUGUUCAUUGAUGAUCCAGCCAUAUUGAGAGACAAAUGGUACUGUCCGGUGUGCUGUUUCCGACUACGAAUAAAGUAUCCCCAUGCUGAGGUCAAGAUACGCGACAUGACUCGUUCCGUGCAAGACAGUUCGUCUGAUCUAUUUGUCGACAUAGUGGCGAGUCUCAAGUCCCAAGCACAUCCCAUUCUUAAGCGUCAACUAUCACUCUCGCCUAAGUGCAUUAUCCUGCAUUUGUGUGAGUUUGAGCCUGCUAUUCCUGCGACAGAGACGACGUCGCAACCAGCUACCAAGCGCGUGCGUACGGAUAAUAACGUCGAGCCACUGGCACAUCCACCACCGGCCCCGAAGCCUUUUGUGCCGAAACCUGACCUUUUGUCAGAGGAGGAGCGCCAUCGGAUGGGUCGGAGUAACUUGCUACGACGAGGCGUCUCCGAGUCUAUGAUGCAAACGUAUUCCAUGGGCUGGAAUGGCGAGUCUAUCGUGUGCCAAAUUACACGUGAAUGCCACAUCCUCCUUGGACCAUACAUUGCACUGGCCCAAGACGAUCCAAAUGGUACGCGUCUUUUGCGUAUGGCACUUGACGGUCUCAUUCCAUGGGCCACAGUCGUGCGUCCUACCCCAUGGACAGCCCCAGCACCAACAAGCCCUUCUUUGCCACCUUUAGCACGUAUAACGCAACCAACCAUACCCCCCACAAUGGAAAACCCGCCACAUACCCCGUCAUAG